CAGAGAAAAAUAUACUUAUCUUUUCAGAAACGGAUUUUGAAUUGAUGCACGUAUUUCGUUUCGGUCAUAACUUCUCGCUUGUUUUCGGGCUGAAGCUAACGUCUCAAUGAUAAAAUUGUAAUAUAAGACUCCUUUGUUUCACGCAAAUUAGGGAAUUCUUAUUCCUCUAAAGAUUCUUGCAAAAUUUCUGGGAAUUCCUGUUCCAUAACCGAAAAUAAAUCCCAUCGAUCGUGGUUGACAUGCGAAAACGCACAUAAUCUUCAUGAUUGAUCGCGAUCGGUUGUGAUUGCUCGCAACUCGCGAGCGAGAACGACAUUGAGUCUGAAAAGAGCCAAAUGAGCGCGAAACGCCGAAGAGUAUCCUCACGAUGCAGACAGAGCGCACGAGGACACAAGGGAUGCACGUUGGACAUUUUACCGCCGGAAAUCCUCAGCAUCAUUCUAAAAAUGCUGCCGUUACACGACGUUGCCUGCAUUGUUCGUUUAGUCUCCAGACGUUGCCGCGACAUCGCUGCCACGGUGUUGAACAGCGAAUUUCUAGUAGCUGGGACCAAGCUUGAGACUGCAAUAAAACGUACGGAAAACCUCAUGAACAGUGUGAAAACUGACAUGGAGUUACUAGAGUGCAAUAAAAUUUUCAACGCGCUGGAACUGAUUCGGUCCCAAUAUCGGAUGCUGAAGGCGGUCACGUGGCGAUACACCCAUCCAAGGUUUCCAAGUUUCUCAGCCUCGAAUCUUGUCGAUAUUCCCUUGCUUAUUUUAUUCACGUUGAAAAGGUCGCGCAGUUUACCCGUCUCGUGCUUCUACGGCGGUAAGGUCCUCGAUAAUCUCAAUUGCCUGCUGCAGACGAUCCUUAAUCCUUGCAAAGAAUCGCGUGUCUUCAGCUACAUCGACCUGCAGAUCUUCACGCGCAGUUGCGAGAAUUUCAUGGACCACUUCGAGAAGGUCACCGAACGCAGAAUAAAUGAAUCUGCGCUGGUCUCGGGGUGUAAGAUCGUCGACGUGUUGGACUGUCUGGAGGAGGGUCGGCAGGUGUUAUCAUUCAGGGUUUCGUCGAGAACAGGCAACCCCAUGGUCAGUAUGCAUCUGAAAUACGUCCUAAGACGCGCAUGGUUCACGUGCUUGCGAGUGCCUGAUGCAAAGAACGAGUGUCUCUGGCGGGACAAGCAGCGAUAUAUGUAUCUGAGAUUACGCCGGCUGGUCAACAGCUACAACAAGCAUCUGUUCCAUAAAUUGCACUACGAACGCAAGCUCGGUCUUCGCGUGACGGCGCCGUCCCGAAGACUGCCGCCGGCCUCCAUGUAUUCGGGAUACGGCGAAUACGGAGGGCAGUUCUUCUACUAUGGUAACAUGAGCAAGUACGCUUACGAGAGUAGAUUCAAGCACACGAGGGCCAGUAACGCGGGGAACACCGGCGAAGUAUUUGAAGAGGAAACCAACAUGCCGCCUUGCUUCGUUCUAAUCAUUGGAGUCCAAUUAAGAUGUUCGCCAGAAUUGGCGCCGCUAGCGGCAAGGACAAAUCUGAAAAAUGACAAUCUUGACGGCUGCGAUACGAACUUGCAUCAGGAAUUGUAUCUGAAACUAAGUACAAAAUGCGUGGUAUCCAAGACCAAUAGAUUGCCAGAUACCCUCACCUGGGAGGUGCGCGGGCCUCGAAAAAACCGUUCGCAAUGUCAUUGAAUUACAUAUAUAUGUACAUUCAUAUAUCUAAUGUACAAUAAUAUAUUUAGCAAUUAGCAAUCAACUUUUAUUGUUAUGUAACUGAAGAUGAAAUAAAACGGUCCGUACAUUUUAUUAUUCGAAUGCUCAAGUUUUCAAACCCCAUCUCUAAUGAUUUAUUAGAUAAAAAUAGUUAAAAAAAAAUUAUUCUAUACUGUACACAUUGCACGGCAAAAAUUUAAUUUUUCGCUAACAUCAUAAUCCAAUAGUAAUAAGAAAAUAGCUGCGGUAGGAAUAGGAACCUCAAUCUGUACAAAUGCAACAAAAGA